GGGAAAGUGGCAUUGACGCAGCAUGGCGGCGGAGUCACUGACCUCGGGUGGCCCCGGGUCCGUGCGGUUGCCGCGGUCGCCACCACUCAAGGUGCUGGCAGAGCAGCUGCGGCGCUACGCGGAGGGCGGCCCGGGCGCGUGGCGGCUGUCGCGGGCGGCGGUGGGUCGAGCGCCGCUGGAGCUGGCGGCCGUGUGGAUGCAGGGAACGGUGCUGGCGGCGGAAGGCGGCCAGGCGCGUCUGCGCGACCCGAGCGGGGCCUUUUCCGUGCGCGGCCUGGAGAGAGUACCGCGAGGCCGGCCCUGCCUGCUCCCAGGAAAGUAUGUGAUGGUGAUGGGCGUGGUUCAGGCCUGUAGUCCUGAGCCCUGCCUACAGGCUGUGAAGAUGACGGAUCUUUCUGACAAUCCUGUCCACGAAAGCAUGUGGGAACUGGAGGUGGAAGACUUACACAGAAGCAUCCCUUAGAGCUGGGAUCCUUGAGAACAGCUGCUCCCCGAAGUACUUAACCACCUUGUGAGUUUCCG